AGCGGAGCAGGAGCUGCCUCAAAUGCUUGAAAUAAUUCCGCUUCCGUUCAGAGUCGGGAGCAGCCUCCCACGGCAUUGGGGCCUCGGACCCGUCUCCUCCAUCCCCGAACGGCGGCUGGGCCAUCAUGGCAACCUCCCCCCAGAAGUCCCCUUCUUCCCCCAAGUCCCCCACCCCUAAAUCUCCCCCGUCGAGAAAGAAAGAUGACUCUUUCCUGGGCAAGCUCGGCGGCACUCUGGCAAGGAGGAAAAAAGCCAAAGAAGUAUCUGAAUUACAGGAAGAAGGAAUGAAUGCCAUUAACUUACCUCUCAGUCCAAUUCCAUUCGAACUAGACCCUGAGGACACUAUGCUAGAGGAAAAUGAAGUCAGAACAAUGGUUGAUCCAAAUUCAAGAAAUGACCCAAAAUUACAAGAACUAAUGAAGGUAUUAAUUGACUGGAUUAAUGAUGUGUUGGUAGGAGAAAGGAUUAUUGUGAAAGACUUGGCUGAAGACCUGUAUGAUGGACAAGUAUUGCAGAAAUUAUUUGAGAAACUUGAAAGUGAGAAGCUGAAUGUUGCUGAAGUUACCCAGUCUGAAAUUGCUCAGAAACAGAAGUUACAGACAGUGCUUGAAAAGAUCAAUGAAACCCUUAAACUCCCUCCAAGAAGCAUUAAAUGGAACGUUGACUCUGUUCACGCUAAAAGUCUCGUAGCAAUACUUCAUCUUCUGGUUGCAUUAUCACAGUAUUUUCGAGCACCAAUCAGACUUCCAGAUCACGUGUCCAUUCAGGUUGUUGUUGUGCAGAAACGAGAAGGAAUCCUCCAGUCUCGACAAAUCCAAGAGGAAAUAACUGGUAACACUGAGGCGUUAUCAGGAAGGCAUGAAAGAGAUGCAUUUGAUACUUUAUUUGACCAUGCUCCAGACAAGCUCAAUGUAGUGAAAAAGACUCUCAUCACCUUUGUGAACAAGCAUCUCAAUAAAUUGAAUUUGGAGGUCACUGAACUGGAGACCCAGUUUGCAGAUGGUGUGUACUUGGUCCUGCUAAUGGGUCUCCUAGAAGGCUAUUUUGUUCCUCUGCACAGCUUUUUCUUGACUCCUGAUAGUUUUGAACAAAAGGUCCUCAAUGUAUCCUUUGCAUUUGAGCUAAUGCAAGAUGGUGGAUUGGAAAAACCAAAGCCAAGACCAGAAGAUAUUGUAAAUUGUGACUUGAAGUCUACACUGAGAGUACUGUACAAUUUGUUUACCAAAUACAGGAACGUCGAGUGAAGAAUUGAUUUGGUACAUAAAGGAGCGCUAACAAAGAAAGCAUCAUAACUAGCAUAUUUUUCAUCGGUAUUCCUCUGCAUCUUUAUCCUAAAAGAAACUAAACCAUUUAUCUGAAGAAUUUUUAAUUGAUUAUUCUUGCACUACUAUUUUCAUAUAGUAGAUUUAAAACUAAUAUAACUUAUGAAGGGUUUGGAGGAAGGUAUUCGAGUAUAUUCUGUGAGAAUUCAUGUCUCAGUGGUAACUGUCCUCACACUGCUUUGUAGUAGGUGAAGCAAGAAUGAAAAAAACAUUCAGUAACUUUCAUUCAGUUCAACCUUUGAAGCCAAUCAGAGGAAGAUUCAGCACCAAGUAUCUAUUUUAAUAUUUUCUACAUGUAUAUUUUCUAAUCUGGGGAUAUUCUAUCCAUGAUAAGAUGGUUACAUUCUAAUUAUGAGAAACAGUUAAAUGAAAAAUAGAAAAAGCUGUGUUCACUUCACAGCUAAAAAGAAGAGACUUUCUCAAGCACUUAACCUGACUAUAUUUUUGGUGCUGUUGGGCUUGAAUUUUAUGAGUACAAACUGAAGUGGCUACUCAUUCCUUAAGACUUACUAUAAUAUGAUACUCUGCUUUAAAUAUGUGUUAUUGAGCAUUCCGCAUAAGCAGACUUUGCAGCUUGUCACUUAUUUUGUUUGAGGAAGAGAUCUUUUUUGCAAAGCACACAUUUUAGGAAAACACACCUGUAUAAUACAGUUUCCUGUAAUAUUUGUAUUAUUACAUAGUACUAGAAAGUAAAAGAAUGGCUUGUUUUUCUUUUAGUAGUUUUAGUACAGGAUUACCAGGUUGCAAGUAUAGAUUUAUUGCUAAAUAGGAUUUAGAAUCUGUCCCUUUGGUUGGUUUUAUGGGAAAUGUAUUUUGCUGUAUAAUGUCCAACACAAAAAAUAAGAUUUAUUUUCCAGAAACAUUCCUGUAGCCUUUCAGAUACAAAAGCACUGCUUUUAGGGCAAAACUACUCCCAUCUGCAAAGUCUCUGUUACGGUGUAAGGUUCUUGGGUCAUUUUAUAUGGCUGCAGAGAGUACUUUUUUUAAUCAUAACCAAGUAUAAGCUCUUACCUGUUUGGUUUUAGCUUUAACAAAGGCACAAAAGGGAAGCAGGAGUUGAUUUUUCCCUUAGACUUGAUAUCAAGCACCAGUUAUGUUUCCAUAAAGAAGCUGAUAGACACUGCCUGACACAAGUGUUAAUCAAAAACUGCACUAGCGUAACUUGAAGAGUAAAUUAAUCAUUUACUAGAAGUCUUCAUGUCAGUGGCAGAGACCUUUCUAAAAGAAGUGUUCCAAUGCAGCCACAGAUUCUUGGGAUCCUGGGUUACACAGUAAGGAAAAAUAUCUUCAGGCAGAAAUUACUGGACAACUGUUUAGAAAUCUUUGGACUGCUUAGUGCAGGAAAGAGACUUGCUAAUAGUCAUCCAGUUAGGGCAGAAUUGGUAUAGGUGAAAGGGAAAGCAGUCUGUCAGCUCUUGACUCUGUUCAUCUGAAGAAAUGCAGUGGUGUCAAGAACAGUCAAUACCAGCUAUAUGUUACUUAGUGUAUAAAGCAUUACAUAUUUUUCAGUUUUCCAGGUUGCUUUUUUUUUAUAUAGAGUUUUUCAGUGCAACGUCAGCAUAAAGGGAAGACAAGCAAUUACGUUCUGUCUUUGAUGAACACUAACUGAUGUUUAAUAACAGGAUGAUACUAACUUCUGCUGGGGGGCCACAAAAAUUAUUAUUCUGAGAAGUAAAUAUCAACCGUUGCACAGGAAAGUUAAUAUUUAGUUCAGAGGACAGUACCUGGAUGUUUUCUGAACUCAGAAAUUUUUAUCUGAUUGUUAUAAGCAUUCUAAAUACCUUUAUUAAAAUAUUUUUUACCUCUGUAAUUUUAACUGAGUUUCUGAAAUUAGGGGUGCAGAAAAUAACUAUUAUUUGCCUUUUACACAGGUAAAUAACUGGACAUUUUGACCUUGGUGAAAAUGAACAUGUUUUCAUUAACUCUUUAAUAUCUGAGAAGCUAGAUGAUAAGAAUUAACAAAAGCAUUUUUUGAGCAAACUGAGACAGAACUUCUCAUGUAUAUACCAGGAGCCAUUUCAGCUUAUUUUAAUGUUUCACAUGUAAGUUUUUCAUUUGCACAGCUAGAUUGUAGUAAUUGUAAUUGUUAAUUAAAAAAUGUAUGAUGGUUUUUCUGCAGGUCAUGCUCAGCUGAAAUACUCUUUUACAUCUCAGCAAUGCCAAAACAUUUUGAUUGCCCUUGUUUUCAGGAGUGCACUUUCUUUAAAGAGGAAAUUUAUAAAUGUAAAGGAAAAAGGUUAGCAAUAGUGAAACUGGUUUUUACCGGGACUUGAAAAUAAGUAUUACUGUGCUAUAUUGGUAUAUAUUAUUGGAGAUUUUGAAAUCUAUCAGACUCCAUUUUCCAUCCUUAAAAAAACAUAGAACUGAGACAGAAUGAUGAAAUCCUUAUGCUGAAAUGCAAUUAUGCAGAACUGUAGAAGCAUUUAAACAAUAUCCAACCUUUACACAAUUAUCUAUCCUAUGGCAAGAAUUUAUGUAAAUUAAAAUCUGCUAUAUAAACAAGUGUCCUAUGUUCCUAUGUAAAUAUAGACCCAUGUGAUAGUUUUAACACAUUCACACAAAAAGUAUAUGCUGCCAUGUAGGAGUGGGUCACUGCUUAUAUUUUUGACAGUGUAGAUUUAAAUAGCUAUCAGAUAACUAUGAAAUCUAAUAUACAGAUUAUAUCUAAUAUUUAUUGCUUUGAUACAGAAUAUUAUAGAAAUAUAGAAUACUACUGUAGACAGUUUGCUCUUCAGCAAUCAGUGUAAGCCAGCACCUUCCUUCAGGGAAGUGAAAUGUUAAAUUAGUUGUGCCAAAUUCUGCUGACAUCUAUGAUGCUUUUAUUCUUGAUACACAGCGGUGUAUGCUGAUGUACAGCUGAAUGCAGAAUUUUCCUGUUUAUAUUAAGAUAGAAGUUGUUUAAGUUUUAGGUCAAUCCUGGUUUUAUUUAUAAUUAAAUAAUUAAAUAGAAUCAUAGAAUCUUCAUGGUUGGAAAGGACCUUUGAGAUCAUCAAGUCCAACCAUACACACACAAAAAAAACCCCUACAAUCUCUGCCACUAGAGCAUGCCCUGAAGUGCCACAUCUACACAUUUCUUAAAUACCUCUAGGGAUGGUGACUCAACCCCCUCCCUGGGCAGGCUGUUCCACUGCCUGACCACUCUUUCAGUAAAGUAAUUCUUCCUAAUAUCUAAUCUAAACCUCCCCUGCCGCAGCUUCAGACCAUUUCCUCUGGUCCUGUCAUUAUUCACCUGGGAGAAGAGGCCAACACCCACCUCUCUCCAGCCUCCUUUCAGGUAGUUGUAGAGGGCAAUGAGGUCUCCCCUCAGCCUCCUCUUCUCCAAGCUAAACAUGCCCAGCUCCCUCAGCCUCUCCUCAUAUGACCUGGUCUCCAGACCCCUCACCAGCCUGGUAGCUCUCCUCUGGACACGCUCCAGCACUUCAAUGUCCCUCUUGUACAGAGGGGCCCAGAACUGAACGCAGUACUCGAGGUGAGGCCUCACCAGUGCCCAGUACAGAGGCACGAUCACUUCCCUGCUCCUGCUGGCCACGCUGUUCCUGAUACAAGCCAGAAUGCUGUUGCCCUUCUUGGCCGCCUGGGCACACUGCUGGCUCAUGUUAAGCUGGCCGUCCACCAGCACCCCCAGGUCCUUUUCUGCUGGGCAGCUUUCCAGCCACUCUUCCCCAAGCCUGUAGCGUGGCUUGGGGUUGGUGUGACCGAAAUGCAGGACCCGGCACUUGGCCUUAUUAAACCUCAUACAGUUGGCCUUGGCCCAUCGAUCCAGCCUGUCCAGGUCCCUCUGUAGAGAUCCAAAAUAGAUCCAAAUCAAUGGAUUUAGCCCAUGUGAGAGAUGAACAGCCACCUGGAGAGGCCAGUUUCUCUGUUGGUCCCAGAGGGAGCCUCUGAUCUUGAGGCUUCUAUCUCAGCACUUUGGCUAAAGCCAGGUACUAUGAAUCCAAGCCACUGCCUUAAAAUCUCAUGCUGGUAUUUGGAUCUCAUCCACCAGACCAAUGUGCUUGUCUGUUGUGCUCUGUCACACGAAGGACCACCAAAAACUGGCAGAUUAUUAGUCUGCCUGGAGUAACAAACAAACAGUAAACACUUCUGCUGCUGGGACAUUGUGGAACUGCCAAAAGAACAGAGGUUUCUGUGCUUCUCUGACUUGUAAUCCAUGCAUUGCAUCCAGCAGUAGGGUAUCCAGAUUUGUUUUGUGGUUGGAGAUAGUCAUCCUUUCCCUGUUGAUGGAUCCUGGUAUGCUCUGUCAACCACACAAAACUAAUUUUUUACAAAGAGGAGCUACAGAUUCUUAAUAGUAUGUCAUAAAGAUGUUGCCAAAAUAAUGAUCUAAAAUCCUAAUAUCUUGAGAUCAACUCCUUUGAGAUUUCUUUCCCAGCUGACUGGCAUUUAGUUACUAUAAAGAACAGGCCCUAGAAAAAAGGUAUUGAAGGGACCUUUGCAUAAUUUUAGCUGAGACACACACAUAAAAUCCAGAAUUGGAUUGCUCUAUAUGUCUGAUGGAAUACAGCUGCAUCAAGUUUCGUAUUUAAUAAGCUGAGUGCAGAACAUCUAGUUCUUUACAUUUCUUAGUACAUAUCUUCCUGUCAUAGGGGGGCAGCAGCCCUUGCAGCUACAUAGGGCAGGGAUUCAAGUGGACCGGCGAGUGCUGGAUAAGGUCCUAAUUGGCUUCAUUUGACUGUGGACCAAGUUGCUGAUUGGCAUAUCUCCAUGUAAACUAGUGGCAUUAAAUCAACAGCGCAUUUGAUCCUUUCUGCUUUACAGAAGGUUACAGUGCUUGGGAAUGGUUUACAUUCAGGUAGUCUGUAUUGAUUUGGGUAAAUGCUACUUGGUUGACUUCUGUUCUUAUUUUCUUAAAGUAUGUUUUUAAAUUAAUGUUUCAGAUUAAUUUAGCAGACACCUUACUGCAAGCCACAGUGUUGUAAAGCAGAAUAGCUUUUAAAAGUAAUAGGUUUUAUUUCAUCAGAUAAAAAUAUAUAUGAUGUUUAAUAUACUGAAUACUAGCUUUAAGUCUAGUUUUUGUUAUUCAUAUCUUCCUAUCAAAACAGCCUUCAUGAAUGGCCUGUGUGCCAAGCACCCAAAGAGAGAUCAGUGCCUUGAAGACCUCUUGCAAGAUUUUCUGCACUGUUACCUAGUAGACUUUUGUCAUUUUACUGUAAGAAUUAGGGUGGGUUUUCUCUUUAAAGUACAAUUAAAGGCUGAAGAAAUCCUUUGUAGAAAGUUAUAAUUAGUUUAAAGUAAGGUAUGUGUCCCUGCCCAUGGCAGGGGAUUUGGAACUAGAUGAUCUUUAAGCUCCCUUUCAACCUAAACCAUUCUAUGAUUCUAUUUUGUUGUGAUGUAUCACCUGAAAAAUGGAGAUAGCAGCACCAAAAUAACAAAAUAAUGCAUACCUCAGCAUCCAAAGAUUCUCCAAAGAUGUUUUGAGUCAUUUAACGUUUACUAGGGCUAAUUUUAUGUAUUUUGACAAUAUUUUCUGUGUGACUAUUUCUUUUUGCAAUAAUGAGAUUUUCUUUUCUGUCUGACAGUUUAAUACUACACACUCUGCAACGUUAUUGUCAUUGAAAUACUUGGUUCUCAAUUUCAAUAUCAAACUAAUUGAGAAAAAUGAAUAUUCGCAAAAUUUGCUUCUUAACAUGGGUAUCUGAAAAUAAUGAUUAGUUUAAAUUAAGCUGCAUUGCCUUCAACUGCAGAGUUAGUAGCUUUCACAGAGUCUAUUUUAUGUACUGUGUAAGAGACACUCUAUUGCUGAUUUUUUGCUGUGCUUUUUCUGAAACCUUUGCUAUGAUCCACAAUAAAAUUUGCACCUGAAAAUCAA